UAUCCGUAAUAAAAUUCAAGUGGAGCCGUGUACCUAAAGUUAAUGAACGCAGUAGGUUUACAGGAAGAGUUUAAUAAGUUUCACUGUUUAUUAUGAGCAUUUUACUUCUGUUUAAUUAGAAUUCUUUGGUUCACCUACCAGGGGGCACCAUUAGACAGACAGCUCAACAAGCUUGCUGUCAACCAGUUCUUGACAUUAUACCAGAAAAACAUGCAUUAUCUUGGUAUUUAACUUCUGCAAUAUAGAUAAACAUGGAUAUCCUACAAAAACAAAACCGUGAUCUUGCAAAUUCAAACUCUGCUCUUUCUUCUAAGAUACGACAGCUAGAAAACAAAAUACAUGGCUUCAUGGAAGAAAGCUUCGAAUUAAAAAAACACAUAGCUCGUCUAGAAGAAAAACAAACGGUCUUGAGCAAAUCUGCUGCUUUAGUGCAGUACAUUCAAACAAUACAGACACAGUUAAGCACGAAUGUUUCUUCACUCUGUAACCUAUUACAAACUUGCAUGAACUCAAAAUCACAUGAAACUAAAUUUGAUGCAGGAACUCAUAUAUCAAGUAAUAGAGAAGAGGACGAAGUACUGCUUCCAGAUCCUCUUUUUAGUCCUCCUCGCAAAACCAAUGCCUGUUCUAUCAGGGUUUUCCGUGAUAAUGAGUACACUGGAAUACCUCCCAGGCCGGAGGAUUCAUUUGCUCAGCCAAGUUCCGUGCUUCAAGAUGUACCAGUACAUUCAAACAGGCUUAACAUAUUAGGAAGCUCGCCAAAAAAACGGAGUUUUCAAAACAGCCCAUCCAAAAUUCGGAGCCGCAGACGAAAAAGUAUGCGCUUCUAUCGGGCCUCUCUCAGUCCUAAACGAAAACCCUGUAAACCAGUUGGGAACGAAAACAGUUUUAGCUCAAACGUUGUCAAAGCCCCAAAACCAAUUGUUUGCGUCAGCAUUCCUUCAAAAGCUCCGCUACCCCAACACGAACAGCUUGAAAGAGAGGAACCCUCACUUAAUGAUAAUUCAAAAAACGCAACGUCCAUCGAAAAUGCGGCUUCUCCUUCACUGAGUCCGAAGCGUCGGCGGCCCAUACGUCGGGUGAAUUAUGCUGCACCGAGCUUGCGUACAAAGCUUCGGCGAAGUUUUGAAUUGCCAAGAGAUCGGAAAAACCGUAAACGUCAACGAGCUCGUCGUGCACGAAAAACUACAAGAGAUUCAUCAAAAUCUUGACUUAAUUACAACUACCAUGAAACGAAACGCUUAAACCUAAUCAAGCCACAGACAUGUGUUGUGGGUAACUCAAUUGAUGAGUCCCGCACGAAAUUUAUAUCUGCUCACUAACUAAAACGAAACGAUCAAUAAUACUUUUCAUGUUUUGUAUAUACAAAAUGGCAACUUAAGAUAGUGCAUUAAACCGAUUUUCCAGAUUCACUCCGUGCAGUUUGUGAGAGGUCGGACGAGGAGCAGCUUCAUAGAGGGUGAUGAUGGGAUUGCCCUUAAACGGAAUAAAUGUUCCACGAAGUCCAAUGAAGGCGAUUUCUACAGGUUCAUCAUCACCAUCGUCACGUCGAAAGAAAAGGUUCAAAUUCGCCAUGUUCUGAUACAGACGGGUUUUAACAGGGAAUUCUAAUACAUCAGAACCAGCACCUUCUACCGGCAAUUGGAACGUCUCUGUAGGUUUACGCUCAUCGACAGAUUCAAAAUCCAAGUCCGUACGAUUUGGGAAUAGAGAAACAGAUUGCGGUGCGGAACCGUCACUGAAAACACGAACAAGAAUAGAUUUUAAACAAACAGAACCCGUGAAUGGAAUGUGAAUAAUUAAUUGAUCAUCAACGUCACUCUUUAAAAUAUCGGUAUCAUCAUAGCGUUUGUCCCAAGGUUUGAUAACCUUGCUACCUGCACUCUCU